AAAUCAGUUCAUUAAACUACGUUAAAAAUAUUCUGAAGAUCUGACCUUUUUUUUUGUUUAUUUCAAAGAGCAAAGUCUGAACUAUAAACAUGCACCAAACAAAUUUUUUUCUCAUAAAACUUUAUUGAUUUUUACAAUAUUUUAUUUAUUUAUUUCUAGGAUUCUCAUGAAUUUCUCAAUUUAAUCAUAUCAAUAAUAACCGAAGAAAUUCAAGCUAUUCGAAAGAAAAUUGAAGAUCAAACAACAUUAACCAUAUCUGAACAGUUAAAUCUAAAUCAUCAUCCAUUAGACAUAAAUAAAAUUGUUGAUCCAACAACGACAAAUUUUCAAUUUUGUAUUAAAACAGAACGUACCUGUACACGAUGUAAUUCAUCAACAGUUAGUAUAGAGAUUCAUACAGCAUUAUUGAUACAUGUAACCGGUGAUGAAUCAAAAAGCCAUACAGAUUAUUUAGAAAAUUUAAUUCAAAAUUAUUUUGUUGAAGAAAAACUCGAUUGUUAUUGCGAUGUAUGUAAUACAACGGAAGAAAAAUUAAUUCACUAUAGUAUCGCUCAAUUGCCACGUGUUUUUGUACUUUAUUUGAAACGAUGGCAUGUAACAAAGACAGUAUUGGGUGAACUUGAAUCCGUAUCAAAAGAAGAUCAAGAAGUACAUUGUUCAUUAAAAUUAAAUAUGAAACCAUAUUGUACGUCAGAUGUUCAAGAGCCAAAAUUAUUCUCGACCAAUGGUCAAUUACCAAUUUUAAAAGAUUUAUUAAAACAACGAGAUAAAAUAAUGAAUGAUAAAUCGACGACGUCAAUGUCAAAUGAUGAGAUUGAUCAUCAUCAUCAUCAUUGUCAAGAACAAUCCGAUGAUUUUAGUGAACCAAAACGUUCAUGUUUAAAUAGUCAUGAAGAUGUUGAAAUGGAAGUACAGAUUAAUAAUUGUAACAUUGAUUCACCCGAUUCAAGUAAAACUGUUACGUAUACAAUAGAUUCUGGAUCACCCGUCGUUGAUGGUUCACAUGCCGAUUAUCGUUUAUUUGCAUUAAUCAAUCAUCAUGGUGGUUCCAGUGAUGUUGGUCAUUAUACGUCAACUGUUUACGAUUGCCAACAAAAUGUGUGGUGGUCAUACGACGAUACAUCCGUAGUAGCUUGUACAGAAGAAAAAGCAUUAAAAGAUUUGGCUCCAGAUGCCUACGGUGUGAUGUAUAUACACAAAAUUAAUUUUUUGAUGGCACAGUUAACCGAUUUGACAAAGAUCGACGAAGUAUCUGAUUUAAACUCAGAAUUUGAGUACAGUACCGACAAGGACGAUAAAAAACGAAAACGGUUUGAUUUAUGUGAAAAAGUAACGUUCAAAUCAUCAUCUGUCGGUCUUGUGUCAAGGCAAGAAGGUCAAGCAAAUGCUAACAAAGAACGAUUUCAUUCACAAUUUAUGGCAAUGAAUGCGUAUGAACGACAUAAAAAGCUUGUUAAUGAUUAUGUUCGAUACUAUUCAAAAGAAAAGUCAUUUAGUGAGAUAUUCAAACGAGACAAGGAAAAACGUUUGGCAAAAAAAUAUUAUGAUAAAUUAUUUAAAGAAUAUUGCAUUUGUGAUUUGAGUCGAUGGAAAGAAAAGAAAAUUGCUAUGCGUUGGCGGAUUGAUCGUGAAGUUGUUAGUGGAAAAGGUGAAAGAAAUUGUCAAUUUAUUUGUGGAGAAAAACGUUGUACAGAAAAAGAUGAUUUGAGAAGUUGGGAAAUUUUAUUUGGCUACCUUGAACAUGGACGAAAACGUGAUGCACUCAUUAAAUUAAUUGGCAAAUUUACUGUCACGUAUUAUCUUUGUAGUGUGAAAGAAUUUGUAUCAGAAAAACAAACUAUUGAGAAUAAUGAUGAACUGGAUCAUGUUAAGAGAAGUCGAACAGAAAAUUCAACUAGUGCAACGGUACAGAACAAAAAAGAUGAAGAUGAUCAAAAUGCAGCAGCAGCGGCGGAUGAAGGUGAAAUAUGGUCGAAACCAAUAAAGGAGACAAAAGAAACAACAAGGGAAGACGAAUUCGAGGAUUAUUUACAAACAUUGUUAUUCUAA